CGGCGGCCAAUGGGCCCGGCCCGGCCCGGCGUGACCCGACCCACAGCGGCCAAUGGCCGAGGGGCGGCCCCGCCCAGUGCCACGACCCGGCUCGGCCCGGCCGGCAGCAGCGAGAGCGGCUGUUUGGAGAGGACAUGGGGCGAUGGCAGGACAUGGGCCUGGAGGAGCUGGAGCUGCAGUACUCGCCCAGCCGCUGGUCCCGACGUAUGGACAGCGAGAGCGUCAUCCAGGCCCACAUCGAUGUGAUGGCUGCAGGAACGCAGAAGGCCCAGGCUGCUGCACGGACCUCGCUGCACGUCCCCUAUGGAGAUGGAGACAGGGAAAAGCUUGAUAUUUAUUUCCCCGCCAGCUCUUCUGAAGCCUUCCCAGUCUUUGUCUAUAUCCAUGGUGGAUACUGGCAGUGCUUGAGUAAGGACGAGUCGGGUUUCGCAGCCCCUGUACUGCUGUCACAAGGCAUUGCAGUUGUGGCCAUGGGUUACGACAUUGCUCCCAAAGGUCACAUGGAUGCGAUGGUGCUCCAGGUGCGGCGCAGCCUUGCCUUCCUGGUGAAGCAAUACCACAGGAUCAGGGGUAUUUACUUGUGUGGACACUCGGCAGGGGCUCACCUGGCAGCCAUGGUCUUGUCCACGGACUGGACAGAAUUCGGAGUGGUUCCAGAUAUCAGAGGAGCUGUUCUGGUGAGCGGUGUGUAUGACCUGGAGCCCCUUCUGCACACCUACGUGAAUGAUGCACUGAACAUGAGCCUGGAAGUGGCCCAGAGGAACAGCCCCAUCCUGUGUGUCACACAAGCAGUGUCUGUGGCUGCAUCCUGUGAGGUGCUUGUGGCUGUGGCCCAGCACGACUCCCCGGAGUUCCGCAGGCAGUCACAGGAGUACAGCCAGGCUCUGCGCUCAGCUGGUUGGUCUGUCUCUCUGUUGGAUCUUGCCAGCGUGGAUCACUUUGACAUCAUUGAGAAACUGUCAGAGGAAACUUAUGUCCUCACUCAGGUGAUCCUGAACAUGAUUGCAAGAGCUUGAUGACACGCUGGAACAAACUGGUGAUGCAAACCGCAGCCCUGUGCAGUAACAGGCAGCCUUUGUGCACUCUGCCCUGUGCUUGUCAAUGUUUCCUCUUUCCAGCCCAUCCAUUGUGGCACAGGGCAGUUGCUGCCCCAAGGUACCAUUCUCAGUUCUGUAAAGGGCAAAUGAGCCUCCAUUGCACUUCCCAGCCUACCAACAGCAGGUGCUCACAGCACGGGAGAGUGUCAGUGAUGAUGUUCCAUCACUGAGGUGUUCCUGUGCUUUGUGGAUGUUCAGAGCUGGACCAUCAGUGUUGUGCAGGGCUGCCUGCCUGCUGUGGGUCUGUCUGCUGACUGGGUGUUGAAGUUUGUUCCUUGAAGCUGCUUAUUGCCAAUACAAAAUAAAAUAGGAAUAAGUGC